AAAAUAUGCAGCAAAAUAUUCACAACCUGAAAGUUUUCAAUGGGCAAAAAUGGACUAAAUAAUACUUUGUGUGAACUGGCAGCUAUUUAAAAUUUAUUUGCUGUAUUUGUUUCAAAAUUUUAACAUAAGUGCUAAUGUGAAUCCCAGAAUUAAAUAAACUGGGAUUCUAAAAACGAUAGUAAAGAAGGUUUAACUAUGCGUUUUAUAGUUUGUGCCAUAUACCUCAUGAUUUUGAUCAUGCCCAUGACAAGUGGAUGGGCUGAGGGUAGUAAUAUUCUAUUAGACCCAAUGCAAGUUUGUAAGAAAACACAAAAAUUACCAAACAAAAUACUUGAAAUAUGCAAACAAGAUAGUCGAAAUAAAACGUCAAUAUUGAAAAAAAUAUCAAAUGGAAUUACGUUGGGUUUUCGGGAAUGUGAGAACCAAUUUCGACAUCGCAAAUGGAAUUGCACAACACAAAGAAGAAGUAUGAAAAAAAUAUUGUUAAAAGAUACCCGAGAAACUGCAUUCGUAAAUGCCAUUACAGCUGCGGGUAUUUCGUAUACAAUUGCGAAAUCCUGUUCAAUGGGGGAAUUAGUUGAAUGUUCGUGCGAUAAAAAUCUUGUACGGCAUAAUGUUUUAUUAAAUAAUAAUCAGAUGACAGGCAUUGAUGAUCUGAGCAACAUAAAUAACAAUAAUAAAAGCAAUAACAACAAUAAUUAUAGAAACCGUAAUAAGAAGCCAAAAAAGAAUGGCAAUAAGCAAUCAAGAAAUCCUAAUAAUAAGAGGAGAUCUCCAUCGCCAACUGAUGGAUUACCAGGAAUGGGAGAAAAUUGGGAGUGGAGUGGUUGUGAUGAUAAUGUUAAUUUCGGCAACAGAAAAUCAAAAGAUUUUCUCGAUGCACGUUAUCGACGUCGUAGUGAUAUUAAAACGUUAGUCAGAAUUCAUAAUAAUGAUGCUGGACGAAUGGCUGUAAAGAAGAGUAUGCGUCUCGAUUGUAAAUGUCAUGGAUUGAGUGGAAGUUGUACAAUGAAGACGUGUUGGAUGAAAUUACCAUCAUUCUCAGAAGUUGCACAUCGACUUCGUGAUCGUUUUGAUGGUGCAUCGAAAGUGAUUGCACGCAAUGAUGGCACAAGUUUCAUGACAGAAGGUUUAUCUAUUAAACCACCAACCAAACAAGAUCUCGUAUACACAGAGGAAUCUCCAGAUUUUUGCAAACCGAAUCCUAAGGUUGGAUCUUUAGGAAUCCACAAUAGAGAAUGUAAUAUAACCUCAAAAGGUGAAGAUAGUUGUGAAAUUUUAUGCUGCGAUUUUGGCUUUCAACGAACUACAUUAUUUGUAAAAUACAACUGUCAAUGUAAGUUUAUUUGGUGUUGUGAUGUCGUCUGCAACACUUGUAUCGAAAAGCGUGAAAUUUACACUUGCCGUUAGUGUUGAAAUUAGUUGUCGAGUUGUAAAUAUUCUCGCCGGAUUUUUUAUUUUGAGAAUAAUUGGUAACUUCUUGAAGAAAAUUCAGUAAAAUAAAACUCAUCAUAGAUUUUGAUAUUUUGAAGCUUUUUGUCAUUUCUCAAAAGUCUUUUUGUUUUAACAAUAAAU